UCCGUCCCUCUUCCUCCUUCACAGACAUCGCUCUGUCUGUCGGUCGGUGCUGUGUUUCGUAAUCGGCCGUGGUGUCUCUUCUCUUCUCCUCUCCUCUACCAGCCCGGGCAGAAUGGCAGCGGUCAGGACUCUCAGGAAACUGUGCCAACACUCCCAGCAUCAAGUCUGUAAACUGCACACAUCCGCUUCGAGACAGGAGGCGGUGGUCAUCUCAGGAAAGAAAUUAGCACGGCAGAUUCGGGACGAGGCCCGGGCCGACGUGGAGAAAUGGGUUUCAGCAGGCCACAGGAGACCCCAUCUGAGUGUGAUUCUGGUGGGAGACAACCCGGCCAGUCACUCCUACGUCCUGAACAAGACACGAGCUGCAGCUGAUGUUGGAAUCUCUAGUGAAACAAUUCUCAAGCACUCAGACAUCAGUGAGGAGGAGUUACUGGACCUCAUCUACAAACUCAACUCAGACCAUCGUGUGGACGGCCUGCUGGUCCAGCUGCCUUUACCAGACCACAUUGAUGAGCGCGCAGUCUGUAAUGCAGUGUCCCCUACCAAGGAUGUGGACGGCUUCCAUGUUGUCAAUGUGGGCCGCAUGUGCCUGGAUCAGUCCACCAUGCUUCCUGCCACUCCCUGGGGAGUCUGGGAAAUAAUUAAACGCACAGGUAUUCCUACACUUGGGAAGAAUGUUGUGGUUGCAGGACGUUCCAAGAAUGUGGGCAUGCCCAUCGCCAUGUUACUGCACACAGACGGCCGCCAUGAGAGGCCUGGAGGUGAUGCCACAGUUACCAUUUCUCACCGUUACACUCCAAAGGAGCAACUUCGUCAACACACUAAAAUUGCUGAUAUCAUUGUGGCUGCUGCAGGGAUUCCAAACCUCAUUACUGCGGACAUGAUCAAAGACGGAGCAGCUGUGAUUGACGUGGGAAUAAACAGAGUGCAGGACCCUGUCACUGGAAAGAACAGACUGGUUGGAGAUGUGGAUUUUGAAGGUGUGAGACAAAAGGCAGGCUUCAUCACGCCUGUACCUGGAGGAGUGGGCCCCAUGACCGUGGCAAUGCUUAUGAAGAACACUAUCAAAGCAGCUAAGAACGUUCUGCUGUAUCCUCCGGAGAGGAUCCGCAUGGCGGCUGCGUCCUAAUGGGCUGAAGAAUAUGCAGCAGUGACACAUUCCAGCGCCAUUUCCUUAACACGACGACCCUCCCCAAAUUUUUUUUCUUUUUUAAAACUCAGAGCAACCCAACAAGCUCCCCUUGCACACACGGACUGGAAAGAUGACAGCUUUAGGGUUCUCUUCCUGCUCACAUCUUUCCUCAUCUUCAGUUUCAAGUCCAGCCAUGUUUAGACUGUUACAUUCUCCCAUGCAGCUGUGUGUCUUAUGUAACAGGGCUUUCAGUAUUCAUCAUUUGCGAUGUAUUUCCGUGGAGCUUUGGGGUUUUAAGUAGUCUUGAAAGAUUGUUUUAUUUAUUGCUACAGUGACAAAAUAUUUAAACAUGAAUGGAGGUGGGUCACAGUAUUUAACUCUGAGCUGGUAAUCGGUACAGAGCAAAUGACCCCUCUCUGUUGCGUUUCUUUGCAUUAGUUUAGCCUUAUGUACCAAGAGUGAUAAGGGCUAACAUCAUCAGGAAUAAGUAUGUUUAUCAAUAUAUAUAAGCUUUAAAGAUUCACAAUUGCCUUUGCAAAAACUUUGAAAUAAAUACUAUGAAUAUGU